UGUAUUGAGUUUCAGAAGGCUAUUGUUUGCAUUGCAACUGUUAUCGCACGUAGGCCGGUUCAGAUUGGAUGGAGCACUGAAUCCGUUACCGUACAAGCAACUCCUCCCUCCGCCCGUCCUACUAUCUGAUCUCUGUCUCAUCAUGGCUCCGGCGGCGGACAGGCCGGGCUACUGGGGAACACCGACCUCAACUCUCGACUGGUGCGAGGAGAAUUAUGUGGUCUCGUAUUACAUCGCAGAAUUCUGGAAUACUGUCAGUAACCUGAUAAUGAUCCUACCUCCCAUUUACGGAGCCAUUCAGAUGUGUAAAGAUGGUUUGGAAGUACGCUAUGUGUGGUCAUUUUUAGGACUCGCUGCCGUAGGGAUUGGUUCAUGGAGCUUUCACAUGACACUACAGUAUGAAAUGCAGUUACUGGAUGAGCUGCCGAUGAUUUACAGCUGCUGCGUCUUUGUCUACUGUCUAUAUGAGUGCUUCAAGCAAGAGCGUGCUGUUAACUAUUCCUCAAUUACACUUUUGGUGACCUUCAGUAUUAUUGUUAGUGUGGUUUACCUGAUAUGGAAAGAGCCUGUCUUUCACCAGGUCAUGUAUGCCGUACUAGUGGCUUUCUUGGUGAUUCGCUCAGUUUUCAUAGUCACAUGGGUCUAUCCGUGGCUCAGAGCCCUCUGCUUUACGUCAUUAACCGUCUUCCUGUUGGGAUUCGUAUUAUGGAACAUCGAUAAUAUCAUGUGUGACUCUCUAAGAGCCACACGGCAGCGACUGCCUCCUGUGUUUGGGGCGGUUACGCAGCUUCACGCCUGGUGGCACAUCCUAACAGGCCUGGGGUCAUAUUUACACAUACUCCUCAGCCUCCAGAUUCGGUCAACCUACCUCAAGCACAGACCAAAAGUGAAGUUUUUAUGUGGCGUUUGGCCGAUGCUGCACAUUGAAUCUCAGAAGGCGAGUUGAAAGAGACCCGAGAAGAGGAAGAUGGACCAAUCACAGACCUCAGACAGAAAGAGGUCCAGCCAAUGAGCUUCAGCGGCAGCAGGAAGUGACCAGCGGCUGACGGUUUGGUUCCCCUGUUCCCCUUCCGACUCCGUUUGCCAAGUGCAUUACUGAGAAAACUGCCAAACGAAGGAAAGAUUUUGUCUUUAUUAUAGGUUAGAUGAGAGUUUUCUAGUGGUCUUGUGAUUUU